CUGGAGGAAGUGCUCUCUCUCUCUCUAGUUCUCUAUCUCUCUAUCUCACAGACACCGAGCUUCACUUUGAGUUUGUUCCCGCCGAAAGUGUCGCGAUGUGCGGAGACAGAGAGCCGGAGGCGCCGCUGAGGAGGAGGAGGAGCCGCUGAGCUUUUCAUCGUCUCCGUGAGAACCGAGGACGCUUUUAUCCGCCGACAGAGACACAGCAGGGAAGCGACUGUACGCAGCGGACAGAGUGCAUGAUGGGAUCUUUCCGGCGUCCCAGACCCCGGUUUAUGAGUUCUCCGGUUCUGUCGGACCUCGCCCGGUUCCACGCCAGCUCGCCUUCUCUACAGAUCUCCAACACCAGCGUGUGGAACAGCGUCCAAUCAGCUGUGGUCAAGGUGUUCCAGGGCGGAGCUCUGCAGACUAACGAGCUGUUCACGCUUAACGAGAGCAUCAGGUGGCUCCUAAAAACAGAGAUGGGCUCCUUCAUCACCGACUACUUCCAGAACCAGCUGCUGACUCGAGGUCUUUCUGAAGUCCUGGACCAGAUCCUCCUCCACUCCGGUGACGAUCAGCUCGCCGUGCUCGCGGACAUGUGGGACAGAUUCUUCACAGAGACCCUCCCCACCCUGCAGGCCAUCUUCUACCCCGUCCAGGGUCAGGAGCUCACAGUGAGGCAGAUGGCUCUGCUGGCCUUCAGAGACCUGGUUCUGUUGAAGCUGCACCUGGAGGAAACUCUGGGAGCCGCCGCCUCCGUCCCCCCACCUGUCACACAGAUGCUGCUGGUGCUGCAGGGUAUCCAUGAGUCCGGUGCACCCAGUCUGGAGUAUUACCAGCUGGAGCGUCUGGUGGAGAUCGUCGUGUCUCCGUAUCUUAGCAACGUUCUGCAAAAUAGGAACCAGCAGCUGUUAGAGUCCCGUCAUCUGCGGUCGUCGGGGUCGGGGUUGUUGCUAGGCGACCAGCCAGAGAUCACCAUCACUCAGCAUCACAGCUCCUCGGACUCGUCGUCUCUGGCCCCCCUGGUGGAGCAGGAGGGCGAGGCUUACCUGGAGAAGGUGGGGGGGGUGCGGCGCCACACGGUGGCCAACGCACACUCCGACGUCCGGCUGCUGUCUGCGUCGGGCAGGAUGCAUGCUGGGACAGAGAACGACAAUGGGGUGUUGGUAGGGGGCGGGUCGAUAACUCCCAGGCCCUUCUCCAGCCAACCAGACAUGGUGGAGUCUCCGAGGGGAGGAGUCAUCUGCCUCCCCGACAGCUAGCUGAGGAACGACAGUCAGACGUGACGGAGAACUGAACCCGACAUGAUGACAGACGACUAAUGAGACAAAAAGACAAGAUGGACAAGACAACAAACGACGAGGAGACAAAACAAAACAAGAGAACCCGACAGAACCCGACAGAACCCGAGGAACCCACAGGAACAGACUGUAAAUCACAGUUGCAGACGCUUCAUGUUUUGGUGAAUUUUUCCCUUUUGAAUAAAAAAAUG